CUCUGAAGUCGAGGUACAGAAUUCUCAAGAUGUUGCUGGGUUUGACGAUACUGGCCCUCGCCGCGGUUGCGACCGCUGACUCCGACACCAAGGAUCCCCAUUUCUGGGACAACCACGACGUUAUGGUGCACCUCUUCGAGUGGAAGUGGAGCGAUAUUGCAGAUGAAUGUGAAAACUUCCUUGCCCCGCAAGGAUACGGAGGUGUCCAGGUCUCGCCUCCGAAUGAAAAUCUGGUAAUUUCCGACAGGCCAUGGUACGAACGCUACCAGCCAGUUUCUUACAUACUGACGACUAGAUCUGGGACUGAAGAUGAAUUCAAGGACAUGGUGGAACGUUGCAAUACUGUCGGUGUCAGGAUUUACGUUGACGCAGUUUUCAACCAGAUGUCCGCAUGGGUAGACGAUGGCUCUUAUGGUACUGCUGGAUCUCAGGCUUACUACUCGACCAGGUCAUGGCCUGGAGUCCCCUACACUUCGGAGGACUUCCACUCAUCUUGUUCCAUCACGGACUACACAGAUGCUACCAAUGUCCGAGACUGCUGGCUGGAUGGUAUGGCGGAUCUUGAUCAGUCGACUGAAGACGUCCGCGAGAAGGUCGCGGCAUACUUGAACAAGCUCAUCGAGAUGGGUGUAGCUGGAUUCCGUAUCGACGCAGCUAAGCACAUGUGGCCCGAAGAUUUGGAGAACAUUUACGACCGCCUUGAGACUCUCGACAUCUAUCAGGGCUUUGCUUCAAGUCUUCGUCCGUUCCUCUAUCAGGAGGUCAUUGAAGCCAGCGGAGAAGCGAUUACCGCAUCGGAGUACACGGACCUUGGCAGAGUCACCGAAUUCGCUCAUGGUUCGCAGCUGAGUAACUGUUUCAUGGGAAAUAACGACCUCAGGUGGUUGAUCAACUGGGGUGAAGACUGGGGUCUAAUGUCCUCCGACGACGCCCUCGUGUUCAUCGACAACCAUGACACCCAGCGCACUGACAGCUCAAUCCUCACGUACAAGGAUGCGAAAGCGUACAAGAUGGCGGUCGCAUUCAUGUUGGCUCAUCCCUACGGUAGUGUUCCCCGAGUUAUGAGCUCCUUCUCGUUCACGGACAGUGACGCCGGUCCACCGGCAGAGUCCGAUGGCAGCAUCCUCUCUCCGAUAUUCUAUUCCGACAACAGCUGCGGGAACGGAUGGGUCUGCGAGCAUCGUUGGCGCCAGAUCUACAACAUGGUUGCAUUCCGCAAUGCUGUAAAGGGGACGGAACUCUACGAGUGGUGGGAUAACGAAAGUAAUCAAAUUUCAUUCUGCCGUGGUAGCGCCGGAUUCGUCGCAUUCAAUCUGGACACUUGGGACCUCGAGCAGACCCUCCAGACUUGUCUUUCCGCUGGUACCUACUGUGACGUCAUAUCCGGCAGUUUGGAGAACGGUAGCUGUACCGGAAAGUCCGUAACCGUAGGCAGCGACGGUACUGCUUACAUUGAGCUCUUGACCACUGAGGAAGAUGGUGUACUUGCUCUUCAUGUCAACGCCAAGCUGUAAUGGCGUUAAUGAUACUCGCAUUGUCUCCAAUAAAUUAAAGGGCAACUGUUUAGAAUGUGAAAAUUCCGUUGUCAUUCUAAAAUUGGAGAGACUCUUUGGUGAAUAUGUGUUGAUUAUGGUCUGAUUUUACGUAUUCUUGCACUCAUUAUGCCAGGUACUAUAUAAGUAC